CCAUUUUCCUGUUGGACAGCGUAGGGGAAGGACUGGAUCGACAGCUCUCCCUUCGCAGUCACCUAUUCUGUACACCUACGAGGCAUUUCUACCCCUGGGGCGCCUCACAAGCGGGACACAAGAGAGACAGCCCUGUAAGACACACGUUUCACUUCAAUCAAUACUUCUGUCUAUAGUUGCCAUAAGAGGAAAGCAGGGUGUAUGGCAUGGGGCGUGUAAGUGAGGGGAAGGUGAAGGGGAAGGCCACAGAGGAGGAAUUUGAGGUGCUGGACGUGAGAGGAACAGCUGCGGACACCAUGAGCUGGCUACACAGAUUCCUCCAUGACCUCACCAGGGAGCCGGUCACCAAGCAGGUCGCUGUCGGGGGCGUGUCCGGAUGGGUGGUGGGUUACUUGUCUAUGAAAGUGGGCAAGGUGGCGGCGACGGUGGUGGGUGGCAGCUUGUUGGUGAUGCAGCUCGCCGCACACAAGGGAUACAUCAAGGUGGACUGGAACCGGGUGAACCGUGACUUGGAGAGCAACGCCAGGAAGCUGCGGAGAGAGGUGGAGUCGAAUGUCAACCCGAGAGUGGCGGAUGAGGACCCACUCCAAGCCGCCGCCCGCCGCCUGGACCGCUCCCUGGAGAAGGCCGCGGACAGGCUGGACCGCACACUCAACCGGGCCGAACAACGCACUGACUCGUGGCUCGGAAAAAAGAUGAAUUCUGCUCGACACUUUUACCGCAGACAUAUUUUGGGCGACACGAGCCGGGUUAGUGUAGACGAGAUGUAUAUGUUGAAUAUGUAUGUUGUGGCCUUCACCGCUGGCACCAUGCUGGGAGUCGGCACUGCUAAGAUGCUGUAACUGGCACUGCUGGUGGUGGUGGUGGUGAUGGUGAUGUUUGAGGGAGUGUUUUAGUGUGUAUUGGUGAGUUUUGGUGAUUUGGCUGGUCUGUAUGUUUUUUUUUUUUUUUUUUUUUAUUU